AUGCAUAAUCGUGAUCGUCCUGCACGUCGACGAUAUCAAAGUGUUAAAGAUUCAGAUAUGAAUGAUGAACAUACGACAUCCGAUAGUGUAUAUAGUCGAGCUUUAGAAAAACUUAAGAAUCAAUCUGAAUUGCAACAACAACAACUAGAAGAACCACAAUCAAAUCGUAUAUAUCGAACUACACUUUCGAUACCGGAUGGCGGAACUCGACGUGUGUCUGCCGAUGCAACCUCUCGACAAAGACUUUCUUCCAGCGGAACAGCAUCAGAUUCUCAAACAGAAAAUAAUCAACAACAACAACAAAAAUCAGCAAAAUUAAAUAUUGAAUCAACUAAUCGUAUAAAAAAACUCUCAUUUCUUUCUGCUCGUAGACGUGCGAGUUAUUAUCCAAGUGCACCAUCAAAUGGUUUAACAGAUGAACAAAAAAAGAAACGAGAUGUCAUAUGGCCACUUAAACGAUCCUAUUCAUUUGAUACACCAUUUCAUCGUGAAACAAUUGAUGCUUUGAAUAAAGACAGUGGGUCUCGAUGGGAAAGAUUAAAACUUGGUAUUCAAUCAAAAAUCUAUCGUUUUACAAAAUCAACAGAAGAUGUUUCAACAUUAGGUCUUACACCAAUAAUACAAACAAAUUCUUCCGAGAAUCAAUCAGUCCCAUUUUCUAGUCGUUAUCUUGGUGUUAAUGCUGCUCAAGGAAUUGAUCGUAAUCGUUUACGUGAUAAAAUACGUCGUGUGACAUUAAAUCUUAAGACAAGUUGGAGACAACGUUCAGAUUUUAAUGAAUCAGAUGAAUCAGAUAUUGAUCAUAAUGAUUCUUAUCAUGAUUCAUUACAUGAUGAUAUGAGUUCAUUUAUUGGCCCAGCAAUGAAAUCUACAACACAUCAACUUGGUUUACAAGGUUCAUCAAAAAUGUGGUUUGGAAAAGAUUAUGCAAAUUUUUUACUUCGUGAUUUUCGUAAUCUUGAUCAACCAUUUCAAGAUCAAAUUGAUCGUAAUACAACACCACGUAUGCCAUGGCAUGAUAUUGGAGGUUUUGUAUAUGGUGCUGCUGCACGAGAUUUAGCAAGACAUUUUAUUGAACGAUGGAAUUUUAUAAAAAGACAAAAAGUUAAAGAUGAUGAACGUUAUCCAUUUUUAUUACCAAAAUCUUAUGGAGCAUAUACACCAUGUCCUAAACUUCUUUCUAAUACAUUUAAUUGUUCAACACAAGUAUUAAGAAGUGUUGGUCGAUGGUCAACAGGUAGAAAUGAGACUGAAGAAUCUAUUCAUAUGGCAUUUAUUGAUAUGAUAACGAAAGCAAAAUAUUAUAUUUAUAUUGAAAAUCAAUUUUUUGUUUCAUUAAUUGGUGAUUCAACUGUACAUAAUGGUAUAGCUGAUGCUUUAUUUAAACGAAUUAUACGUGCACAUCAAGAAAAAGAAACAUUUCGUGUUUAUAUUGUCAUGCCAUUAAUACCCGGUUUUGAAGGUCAAUAUGGUACAUCAAAAGCAACAGCAUUACAAGCAAUAACACAUUGGAAUUAUCGAUCCAUAUCACAAGGUCAACAAUCAUUAUUAGCUCGUUUAUCAAAAGAAGUUGGUGAUCCACAUCGUUAUAUAUGUUUUUUUGGUUUACGAACAUGGUCAGAAAUGAAUGGACGUCUUGUAUCAGAAAUUGUUUAUGUACAUAGUAAAUUAGUUGUUGUUGAUGAUACUCGUGUAUUAAUUGGAUCAGCAAAUAUCAAUGAUAGAAGUUUAAUUGGUGAUCGAGAUUCUGAAAUAUCUGUUCUAUUUGAAGAUACAGAAUUUGUACAUGGAAAAAUGAAUGGAAAUGAUAUUCAAGUAGGAAAAUUUGCAAGUGGUUUACGUAAAAGAUUAUUUCGAGAACAUUUGGGAGAUUUUGAUGGAACACAAAUAAACUAUCAAGAUCCAAUAUCAGAUUCAUUUUACAAAGAUAUUUGGUUAUCAACAGCAGCUAGAAAUACAACAAUGUUUGAAAAGAUAUUUAAUUGUAUACCAACGGAUUCAGCAUUUACAUUUACACAAUUACGUGAAAUACAAUCAGCGUCGAAACUUUGUGAAACUAAUCCUGAUGAAGCACGACGUUUACUUCAAUCAGUACGUGGUUAUUUAGUAUUGAUACCACAUAAAUUUCUUUCAAAAGAAUAUCUUGGACCACGUUUACCAGCUAAAGAAAUUUUAGCACCUGCUUGGUUUUGGACAUAA